UUCAGGGCGUCAUUCGGAGAGAUCUCCAAGCUUCGCCGCUGCCUCCGCCUCUCGCCGCCCGAACACACCACUGCGCACCAAUUUCCUUCACCAAUGGCGCCCGUUAAGAAGGCGAAGAAGAGUACGGAGAGCAUCAACAACAGGCUCGCUCUCGUGAUGAAGAGUGGGAAGUACACUCUCGGCUACAAGACCGUCCUGAGAUCUCUUCGGAGCUCUAAAGCCAAGUUGGUUAUGAUUUCAAACAACUGUCCUCCGCUCCGCAAGUCCGAGAUUGAGUACUAUGCGAUGUUGGCAAAGGUGGGAGUACAUCAUUUUAGCGGAAGUAAUGUCGACCUCGGAACUGCAUGUGGUAAAUAUUUCCGUGUUUGCUGCCUCAGCAUUAUUGACCCUGGUGACUCUGAUAUCAUCAAGAGCAUGCCUGGAGAGCAGUGAGAGGAGAGCGCAUGUGUUUUGGGAAUUCAAUGUGGUUCGCGGCACUUUUCUACUUUUUAGUUGAUUAAAUUUUGACUCCAGUUUGUUGGGAUUUUAUCGCCACUCUAGAUUUAUAACCUUCUAUAAUAGCAGUUGGUUGCCUACUUGAAUAUCUUGAUGCUCCUGAUUUAUGAAAUUUUGGUGAUGAAUAUUUAAAUUCCAAUGAAUCUGAAUUAGGUUUCACAAA